AGAGCUAUUGCAAAUACAUUCCAUCUGACAAUAAUGAUUUCAAGCAUUCUCAGUAUCAGUCAUAUUGCAGACUGGUUUCUGAUCUUGCUGGGUUUUGCCAAGAAUGACGUUGCUUUUUGCAUAUGCUCAGGUUGGACUCUGGUUAGGAAUUCCACACCUUGUGUUGUCACAUUAAUAGUAAACCUGAAAAGAACCUGUUGCAAACAAAAUGUACUUCUUGAAUUUGACAGAGAAGCCUCAAAAAGACCUGCUUUGCUUCAUGUUUUUUUGCUCCUGCAGCAGUGUGUUCUCUAAAUGUCAUUGGUUAAGUGUAAGCAGUGGGAUCUUAAAUGUGUUAACAUGUCUUCUAUGUUUGUAUUACACAGGCUGUGAAGUUUGAGCCAUAUCAUGACAGCGCAUUAGCCAGAUUUUUGCUGAAACGUGGUUUGAGAAACAAAAGAAUUGGUCACUUCUUGUUUUGGUUCUUAAGAAGCGAAAUUGCCCAGUCCAUGCACUACCAGCAGAGGUUUGCAGUCAUCCUCGAAGCCUACCUUAGGGGCUGUGGAAAAGCAAUGCUGCACGAUUUCAUGAAGCAGGUGCAAGUAAUUGAAUUGCUGCAUAAAGUCACAAUGGAGAUUAAAUCAGUUUCUGCAGAAAAGUAUGAUGUUACUUCUCAAGUUAUUGCACAGCUGAGACAAAAGCUUGAAAAAUUACAGGGCAGCAAACUUCCAGAAAGUUUCAGAGUUCCAUAUGAUCCUGGGCUAAGAGCAGGAGCACUAGUGAUAGAAAAAUGUAAAGUAAUGGCAUCUAAGAAGAAGCCCCUCUGGCUUGAAUUUAAAUGUGCAGAUCCAACGGCUCUGUCAAAUGAAACCAUAGGCAUCAUCUUCAAACAUGGAGAUGACCUCCGUCAGGACAUGCUAAUUUUACAGAUUCUUCGAAUUAUGGAAUCUAUUUGGGAAGCAGAAUCCUUGGACCUCUGUUUGUUGCCAUAUGGUUGCAUUUCUACAGGGAACAAAAUAGGAAUGAUUGAAAUUGUGAAAGAUGCUACAACAAUUGCCAAAAUUCAACAGAGUACAGUUGGGAACACUGGUGCAUUUAAGGAUGAAAUACUAAACCAGUGGCUCAAGGAAAGAUGCAUGAUUGAAGAGAAGUUUCAGGAAGCUGUGGAAAGAUUUGUUUAUUCUUGUGCUGGAUACUGUGUGGCAACCUUUGUACUUGGAAUAGGAGACAGGCACAAUGACAACAUCAUGAUUACAGAAACAGGUAACCUUUUCCAUAUUGACUUUGGCCAUAUUCUUGGGAAUUAUAAAAGCUUUCUUGGAAUUAAUAAGGAGAGAGUUCCUUUUGUGCUGACUCCAGAUUUUCUGUAUGUCAUGGGAACUUCCGGAAAGAAGACAAGUCUCCAUUUCCAUAAAUUUCAGGACGUAUGUGUGAAGGCUUAUUUAGCUCUCCGACACCACACAAACCUGCUGAUCAUCCUGUUCUCCAUGAUGCUAAUGACUGGAAUGCCCCAAUUAACCAGCAAAGAAGAUAUUGAAUAUAUCAGGGAUGCACUGACAGUAGGGAAAAGCGAAGAAGAUGCCAAAAAGCAUUUUCUUGAUCAGAUAGAGGUUUGCAGAGAUAAGGGCUGGACGGUGCAGUUUAACUGGUUUUUGCAUCUUGUGCUUGGAAUCAAACAAGGAGUAGAAAAACAUUCUGCUUAAUUUUUUAUGUAAAUUAACUAUGGGUGUGAAUAUGAGGUUAGUGAACCUACAUGUUAUUUAUGAAUUCUGAAUCAAUGAGCAGUCAAAAUUGCCUUUACUCUUCUGGCAGCUUAAAUGGAUCUUGUAAAAAGGCAGGACAUUUCUCUGCCCCUCCAGAAGAUCUACCUGCAGAUAAGAUUUUUUUUUUUAAUUUCUAAUGACACUUCAAGUUGCUGGAUUCAUUUAAGUAGUUGCUUUGCUGAUGUGGCUUGGAUUAUUUUUUCUUUCUUUAGCAAUAAUUUCAGAUAAAUAUAAGGAGGAGGUUGAGUAAGAUGAUAACCUACAAACCUCCUAUGACCUUACCUUAAUUGUUUGUGAGGGUCAAGUCCUUCAAAACCAGAAGAAUUUCUAUAAAAUCUGUGGUUAUAGUGAAAUCUCUGUAGACAAUCUUAAUCUUUCUCAGGAUGGUUUACACACAAGUGUUUUUUGUCCACAUCCUACUCUUUUGACCCUUCCUCAAUGUUUGUUCUUUCUGGAUUUUUAAUAUGUUGUCAGUAGAAAAGAGCUUUGGUCCUGCCAUUGGAGGAAAUUGCUUUACUGUUACUAUAACCUCCUGACACAGAAAACCAAUCUUGACUGCCAGGAGAACUUCAUAGUUCUGGAAGUUCCUUAGAUUUGAACAUGACAUUCUCAAGGUUUAAUUUUGAAAGAUUUUUUACUGUACUUUUCAGUGGGGAGAGUCCAUGUUAUAUUACAGAUUAUAUUCUUAGUGUAAAGUUAUUAAAAUUCCACCUGUAUAGGAAAAGCUUUGUAGAAAAAGCAGUGGUACUUCCUUAUCCCUCAGAGAAAACUCCUUAUGUAAGAGAUAAUUGACAUUUUACCAAAUACCUGAGAAACCCAAAGUUAUUUAUUCCUUGGUGAUAUAUUUUCAGGAUAUACCUAGAAGGAAUUAAAUGUAAUCUUUGAAGUUCUGUAUAUUUUGCUAUUUAUUUUUAAAUUCCUGAAGAAGCAAUACUACUGAAAAGCUAUUUAUGGAAGAAAAAAACCCCACUUUAUCUUUAAUUUCAAUAUUUAAACUUAAAAGAGGAAAAAAUGGACAAUGUUAAGUAGAAUUUUGACUCUCUGCUGUAGAUUGCCUGCAAAUCAAGUCUGCCUAUGGUAGGAAAGGAAAAAACCAUAUAGCCUGAAUUCAUCUUUGACUUGAAUUAUUAUUGUAUACUUCUUGCUAAUUGAUUUUUACCAAAGAAAGAAGAUGGCUUACAAUAUUGCUUUUUUGCACUUGUGCCCAUGUAAUUUCUUCCUUCAUUGUAGUGUUACAUGGGUUUUACAUUACAUAUAAAUGAUUAACUGAAUUUUAAAAUUCUGUUAUCAUUUGCUUUGAUCAUUUCACAGAACUGUUAUGAUUUUAACUACUGUUACUACUGAGUGCAUUUUUGAAGGAUUUUUAAUAAAUGUACUGUAAUUGGUGUCUCAGUUAUGAGAUGUAGCCAAUCUAUUCUUGAAAUGUAGAUGUUUAAUUGGUUACGUGCACAAGUAUUUUUGAUGUAAAUGGUAGACUCCAGUUAAGGAAAUCUCUAAGGUUAAAAUGUAGACUAUUUUGUUAUUCUGUUACAUUAUUAUUCUGUGCAAGAUAGGCUUUAGAUCCUACUAAAAUAUAAACUAAAUGGUGAAUAUUGUCUGUAAAAUGAUAUUUUUAGAUUUGUAUUUUAUAGAUCUGAAAUAAAUUGAUAUGUUCUAUU